AUGGCCCCUACACACCAAAUCUUCCUCUUUGGAGAUGUACACGUUGACAAGCUCUCCGCUCUCAAAACACUUUUCUCUCACUCUAAGACUCACCCACAGCUGAGAGACUUCCUAAGAUCUGCCUGUGAUGUCAUACAAUGCCAGCUUUCCACCUUUCUGCCAGAAGAACGAGGAGUGUUUGGGCAUUUCGACGAUCUUCUUGAGUUGGGCGAGCGAUAUGCCAAAGAAGAGUUCCCAGAUGAGAUGAUUGGCUAUGUUCUCAUCACCACCAUACAAAUUGGUGACUUGCUCUUUCACAAAUCGACCGAAAACAACAACAAUACACAUUCUCUCGGUCUUUGCAUCGGUCUUCUUGCAGCUUCAGUGGCAGCAGCAGUGAGUGAUACAAGUAAAAUUGCCAAGUUAGGCACUGAAAUCAUAGCAAUAAGUCUGCGACUAGGUGUUGCUGUACGCCGGCGAUCGCGAUGUAUCGAAGACACGCACAGAUCAUGGGGCUGUAUAUUGUUUGGUCUUCAGUUUUGGGACCUAGAGAAGAAAUUGGAGGAGUUUAACAAGAAUUUCCCAAAGCCAAGAUGGGCAUACGCAGGCGUAUCCACAAAAUCGUGGACUACAGUCUUCGGGCCUCCAUCUACACUGCAAAAUUUAUGCCCCGCAAUUGACGUACCGCAUAAAUUACUCACCUCAGCCAAUGCGGUUCACGCUCCGCAUCUCGUACAGCUAGAUAUCUCCUUUAUUCUUGGAGAUUCGCCUGUUCUCAGCUACGCAAUCCCACACACAUCAUUACUCGUCUCAAUAAGCACUGGCUUGCCAUAUCCAGCAGCAUCGCUACGCGAACUUCUCCACGCGAUUGUGGAUGAUAUAGCACAUAAACCGAUGUGCAUCGACAAGACAGUCGAGGGCCUUGCUUCAAUUGUCAGUCUUGAUAGGGAUUCGGAAAUCACUUUAACGACUCUGGGACCGUGUAGUCAUACGGGGAUGGUGCAGAAGAUAUUAGCAUCUUUUUUCUUCGCCAUUCACAUAAGCGCUCACACCGGGUCUCAUGAAGGUUCAGACACCACAAACUCACGUGGUAGAUCGAGUGAUAUCGCCGUGAUCGGGAUGUCCGGGCGCUUUCCAUUGGCGGAAGAUGUGGAAGAAUUCUGGAAGGUGCUACAAGCCGGGCAUGCAUUACACGAAACGCCACCCCGGCCUCUUCGACAACAAACUUUUCAACGUCUCCCCAAAGAAGCCCUCCAGAUGGAUCCCCUGCAACGACUCCUUCUCCUCUGUACCUACGAAGCCCUUGAAAAAGCAGGGUAUGCGCGUAAUUCCAGCGCUUCUACUCAUCCCUCUAAAAUCGGCACAUAUUUUGGCCAAACCGUCGAUGACUGGAAAGAUAUCAAUGCCCAGAUGGGAAUCGAUACUCAUUACCUGCCCUCUCUUGACCGGGCAUUUCAUCCCGGCCGAGUAGCGCAUUACUUUAAAUGGGGCGGAGGCUUUUACAGUGUUGAUACGGCCUGUUCGUCUAGUUUGACCUGUGCACAUCUCGCGUGCGAAGCCCUCAAUAAUCGUGAACUCGACAUGGCAACUGUAGCUGGGGGAUCACUACUCGGAGCCCCAGAAAUGUUUUCCGGAUUAGGCAAAGGUGGAUUUUUAUCCGCGACUGGCGGGUGCAAGACUUUCCACGAUGAUGCGGAUGGGUAUUGUCGGGGCGAAGCGCUCGGCGUUGUGGUCUUGAAAAGGUUGGAAGAUGCAGUGAGAGAGAAUGAUAACAUUCUUGCUGUGAUUAAGGGAACAGAAAGAAACUCAAAUGCAGGCGCGGCCUCGAUAACGUAUCCAGGGCAAGAGGCGCAGGAAACAUUGUUUGGGAGGCUGUUGAGAAAGGCCAGCGUGGAUCCACAUGAUGUAGGGUUUGUGGAAAUGCAUGGGACAGGGACGCAGGCCGGGGAUAAUGUCGAGACUAAUUCGGUAAGGAACGUGUUUGCGCAGAAUCGGGGCAGGGAUAAUCCGCUGCACAUUGGGGCUGUGAAGGCGAUUAUCGGGCAUAGUGAAGCGGCGGCGGGAAUUGCUUCACUCAUUAAAUCAUUGUUGAUUUUGAGGGAAGGAAGUAUCCCAACGCAGCCGGAGUGGCCCUUCAAGCUUAAUCACAAUUUUCCUGACCUGGAAGCGUCGAAUGUUGUUAUUGCAGACGGCAAGGGCCGACUGGUUCCAAGACCGAAUGGUGAUGGUAAAAGAAGAAUCGUGGUUAAUUCUUUUGAUGCUGCGGGGGGUAACACUAGUCUCCUAAUUGAAGACGCACCUCGAAGAGUGUCGAAAAGCCCUGAUCCACGAUCCCAUCAUGUCAUCACAGUUUCCGCUCGUACCUUAACCUCUCACGCAGCAAACAAGAAGCGCCUAAUACAGUACCUAAAGAUGAAUCCAGAUACUACGAUAGCUGAUUUGGCUUAUACAACAACUGCUCGUCACGAACAUGAGCUCUACCGAGUAGCAUUUGUAUGCGAGUACAUUAGCGAACUAGCGAAGCAACUCGAUUCAAGCACAGAGCCAGAACUAUCACCAAAGUCCGGCUCAUCACUUAUAUUCGUAUUCACAGGACAAAGCGCGCAAUACACUGGAAUGGGCAGAAUACUAUAUGAAACCUCACCAAGAUUCAAGCAAACUCUCGAUACGUACCAAUCUCUCUGCGACAGUCAAGAUCUUGCUUCCUUUAUUGACAUCAUACGCGGAACGCAAGAUGUGAAAAAUGCGACAGCUGCUCAAAUUCAACUAGCUAUUGUCGCGUUAGAGAUUGCUUUGGCCCAUUACUGGGAGUCUUUAGGCCUCAAACCACGCUUGGUAAUCGGACAUAGUCUUGGCGAGUACGCCGCGUUGUGCAUUGCUGGUGUGUUAUCCAUCAGCGAUACCCUGUUUCUAGUCAACAAGCGGGCCACGUUGAUGGAGAAGCAGUGUGGACCUGGAACCUCGGCUAUGCUAGCCAUUGCAUUGCCGAAAGACAAAGUCUCAGAGGUUCUGAAGACUCGGUUAUUUUGUGAAAUUUCCUGUUUGAAUGGUCCUUCUAGCACGGUUGUAAGUGGCCCAACAGAGGAGAUACAAUUGCUUCAAAUUCAGCUUAAGGAGAAGAAAGUUCAAUGCUCACUUCUUCCAACUGAAUUCGGAUUUCAUUCUCAGGCAAUGGAUCCUAUUCUUGAUGAUUUCGAGGUGGCAUCCAAGAGAGCACACUUCAUGACACCUAAAAUCCCGGUCGCUUCAACUUUGACUGGUGAUGUGAUUACUUCUGAAGGAGUAUUCAAUGCCACUUAUCUGCGACGACAAAUCUGUGAACCAGUCACAUUCAUGAAAGCCGUGCGAGCAUGUGAAUCAGAGGGAUUCAUCAGCAACAACGAUCUCAUUCUCGAAAUAGGUCCGCAUCCAGUGUGUAUCGGACUCAUCACACAGAGUCUAUCAGAUGCACAACCAACUUGUCUCCCGUCACUACAUCGCAGCAAAGAUAAUUGGGAAACAAUUUCAGAGGCUAUCGCUGCUGCACAUGUCGCCAAGCUUCCUGUACUUUGGCAUGAGUUCCACGCCGAUUAUCUCAAUAGCGUCAGACUAUUAGAUUUACCCACAUAUGCGUUCGACUUGAAGGACUACUGGGUACCAUAUCGAGCGCAAUUGCUAGCAGCUCCUCAAACCCAAGCUAAACCUACUCUCUCAACAACAUGUCUGCAGAAAUUAGAAUCUCUAAGUAUCAAUAACACUCACGUAUCAGCUAUCUUCACAUCUCAGGUCUCCGAGCCAAAUCUAUACAAAGCCAUUCGCGGCCACAUUGUAGAUGACGUUGCAAUCUGUCCCGCUAGCGUGUUCUGCGAUAUGGCGUAUACAGCUUCGAAAUUCGUUCUCGAGCAAGCUGGUAUCAAAGCAGAUUUAGCCAAUCUGGAACUGGUUGGUCUUAAUAUGACGCAUGCGCUUGUUGUUCAUUCGAAAGAUACGGAACAAAUAGUUCACGUUUCAGUCGAUCUUGACUCCACGCAAAAGGUCAUCUCUAUCACUUUUAGCUCUGUUGAAAACUCGAGCAGUAUGGCAGAGCAUGGUACAUGUCAUGUUGUUGUCAACGAAGGAAAUGUUAUUCAGGAAGUGGAAUGGUCACGAAUGCAACGGCUGGUCGAAAGUAGAGUUGGCAGCUUAGAGAACUCCAAAACCGCACACCACAUGACUAAACCCCUGAUCUACAAGCUCUUCUCAACCCUAGUCGACUACGAUAGAUCUUACCACGCAUUAUCAGAAAUCUCCAUAGAAGAAAACUUCGAGGAUGCCGCAGCCACUAUGGUUCUUAAACAGGAUCCAGACCUAGGCUCAUUCACGCACAGUCCAUACAUUGUAGAUGCACUCGUACAUCUCGCAGGACUGUUGCUAAAUGUCGAUCCCGCAAAAUCAAAAACAGACCUGUAUAUUGCGGGAAAUAUUGGACGCAUGAGCAUCAUGGGCGAUUUGUUAAAAAAUCAACAGUGCACAGCCUAUGCAACGAUCCGAGAGCGAACCAGCAAAGGCAUUUGCCUGUGUGACGUGUAUGUCUUUGCAGACACGAACCUCGUGGCGAUAAGCACCGAUAUCAAAUUCCAGCGAUUAAGCAGAGAUAUAUUCAGCAUGAUGCUAGGGAAGGAACAAUCAUUUGAUCCUUGCCCAGCUCCUCGCAAAACUCGAUUCCUGCACAAGGACAAGGAAGAUGCCGCUUCUUCGGUAGGUGAUUCGUCGGAAAAUUCUUGGGUUCCGACGCUAGUAUCAAAUACUAGCUCGCAAACCUCAGUCGAGGCUCUCGAUCUAUCUUCCAUCUUGCUCGAUACUGUCGCUGCAAAAACCGGUGUUAGUUUAUUAGAGAUGAAAGAUAACUCAAGCUUUGCGGAUGUGGGAAUAGAUUCACAAAUGAGCAUCUCCAUCAUUGCAGAUUUCAGGGAAAGAACUGGAGUUGAGCUGCCCGCCGCGUUCUUCUCGAAUUUUCCCACUGUAGUAGAAGCGAAGGGGGAGCUUGGCAGUGUCUCUGAGACUAUACCAAUACCACCGUCAAAGUCAACGGCUAAACAGGAACAACGACAGAAUCUAGCAGCUAAGCGUCAAAGAUCAUCCAGCCAAACGCAAGCUCAGAAUAACAAGAAAUCAAAAAACACAUCUGAGACUUCUCAGAGUACUGCUUUAUUCAAGAUCGUCGCAGCAGAAUUAGGACUAGAUAUCACCGAGUUGACACCUAGUACUGAAUUUGCUGAGAUAGGAGUUGAUUCCAUGCUCAGCAUCAAAAUUCUCUCAAUCUUCAAAAAGCAAUCGGGAACCGAACUCCCAGCGGCAUUCUUCAACAGCAAUUCUACCAUCACCUCAGCACGAGAAGAACUCGACGGAUCCCCCUCCCCCCAAACAUGUCACACCGCCACCUCCGAAUUUCAACCCAAACUCCCCAAAUCCCGCGUAAUCCUCAUCCAAGGCAAACCCCACUCCAAAGCCACCCCCCUUUUCCUCGCUACCGACGGCUCCGGCGCCGUAACACCCUACAUUCACUUCCCCGCUCUCCCUCACGGUCGCAAGAUCUACGCCCUGGAAUCGCCAUUCCUAGAAAAUCCAGACGAAUACACUCUUUCCAUCCAAGAGAUGGCCGACAUCUUCAUCACCGCCAUGCGCACCAUCCAGCCCCACGGCCCAUAUUUAAUCGGCGGCUGGUCCGCAGGCGGAAUCUACGCAUACGAAAUUGCACAUCGCUUAGCCAUGGUCGGGGAGACGAUCACCGGGCUCGUGAUAAUAGAUACACGCAUCAAUGUCUCUGUUCCUAUGGCAGAUGUAACCAUGGAAUUCAUCGAGCGUUUCGGGAUAUUCACCGGUGUGGGGCGCGGAAACCUAUUGUCGGGAUUAUUGGUGCAGCAAAAACAACAUCUGACAUCCACCGUUCGCGCUCUCUGUAAAUACGAUGCAGUGCCUUUUCCGGCUGGGAGGGCACCGCGCAAAACGCAUAUUAUUUGGGCGAGUAAGGGGCUGAAUGACAGUGCAAAUCCGGGGGAGAGGAACGAUCAGGUUACGGGAAAGGCGGCAAUGAGGCCGGGGAGCGGGGGGAAGAAUAUGAGUGAGAUGGAGUUGGGGGAUUUUGAGGAGGAGUUUAAGAGUUGGUUUUUUGGGAAGAGGAGCGAUUUUGGGACGAAUGGGUGGGAGGAGUUAUUGUUGAAGGGGGAUAUUAAGGUUCAUAAGGUUGAUGCUGAUCACUUUUCGAUGGUUGUGCCGCCUUGUGUGAAGGAGUUGGGUUCGGUGUUGUUGGAGAUCAUUGAAGAUUUUGCGAGAAUUGAGGCGGAGGAAGAAUAG